AUUAUUCAUUUGAGCCCUUAUAAAAAACAUGAGCUACCUUUGAUAAGGCAAAUGUUGCUUUCUGUAAAUAUGAGAAACGAUCUCAAUCGACAUCAACUAAGGUCCAAGCAAUGCAAAUAGUUAACUCUCGAUAGAAGUAAGGUCCCACUACCGGCUCGAAAACAUCGACUUGAUGUCCAUCAAAUUUAGGGCCUCAAAUGGCACCGCGUAUCACUGCUUGCACAUCGCGGCUUUACAUAUGUGCCAAAGCUACUGUUCUGUGGUGGUACAAGCCGUGAAAGAAGCCGCACAUUCUACUUUGUGAUUAUUGGUUGAACCGUGUGAUUCCACUAUCCAUAAGACUUCUCAGGGUUAUCCUCUCCAAAGCUUGUAAGCUUGGCAGGGAAAGCUAAGAUUAAGAGACGGAUAAUGUUACUGAAUACGACUGCGCUCUUUUACACAAUACAUGUUGUAAAAUGUAAUUGAUACUGAUGGUAAAUUAGCUGGCAGCGGUGUAAUUUAUGAAGAGGGAGGUGAAUCUGUUUUUGUUGUUUUCUUGCUUUUCGCUUACAAGUCAAUUUCGAAAUCUUUAUGCACAGCUUCGAAGCUACCGUCAACCUUUGGGAUGCAUUUACGUUUAUACAUAAAAAAAACUGUGCAACGAGAACUAGGGAACAGAUUCCGACAGUAAAAGAAAGGUCUUUUAUAAAGAACUUCAUGGUUACGCGAAAGGCCUCUAACAUUAAAAUUAGUUUGGUGAGUUCCAGCUAUCGUGUGAUGGCGCCUUGUAUUUAACCCUGGCGCUCUCCUAUAGUGGUCAAAGGACCAAAUGCACAGUGUUUGAAUCCAUACAAAAUACACAAUAACAAAAGUGCACCAGUAAUUUCACUACUGGAGAGAAUCUUAAUUAAAUUUUUCUCGACUGAUCCCAGAGGAUACUUGAAAAAGUGAAAUUUGGUUGCCAACAUAUGAGCAGCCAUGCUUGUACUUCCGCGAAUAGCAGUACAAUGCCCUCGGACAUUCUCAAGAUCCAUUCUACAACGAAUGGCCCGUAGCCUUUAUAGGGACGCUGGCAGCGCUAGAAAUCGAAAGGACCCAGGUUUUGUUUGUGAAAGUGAAAAAGAUUCUAAGCGAUCCUCCUUUGUGGAGAAGAUCAACCGACAGAAAGGUGACUAUCUGGGAAGACUUCGCGCUGAGAUCGAUAAGUAUAGCGGCAAACGGAAAAAGCAGCUUGCACCGCCCGAAACAGACAUUCUGAUCGUCGGUGGAGGCAUUAUUGGAUCGAGCAUCGCAUAUUGGAUAAAAAAACGAGCACCAGCUACAUAUCAUGUCACCGUAGUAGAAAAAGACCCGACGUAUCAACGGUGCGCGACUACCCGAAGCGCUGGCGGAGUUCGGCAGCAGUUCUCGUUUAAAGAGAAUUGCCAAAUGGCAAUGUUCGGAGCGGAAUUUCUGCGCGAUUAUAGGCAUUACCUCGGCGAGGACGCACCUGAUCCCCAGUUCAACCCAGAGGGUUAUCUGUUUAUCGCAGAUACUGAUGAGAGAGCUAUGCAGAUGGAGCAGAAUGCCAGGACGCAACGAGAGUGCGGGGCGCGUAUCGAAUUGAUGUCGCAGGAAACAUUGAAGAAACGGUUUCCAUUUAUUAAUAAUGAAGACGUAAAGCUGGCAUCGUAUGGCCUACAGAACGAGGGCUGGUUUAAUCCGUAUGCACUGUUACAAGGACUCAAGCAGUACAACCUUCGGCAUCAGACGGGUUACAUCAAUGCCGAAGUUGUUGACUUCCGUUUUCGUACGAUACAUGACUGCGUGGGACCUGAAGUGUAUGAGCCCACAAACCAUGUAAUCCUUAAGGAUUCGAACGGUGAACUUCACGAGAUGAUAUUUAGUAUUAUAAUAUUAGCCGGAGGAUCCCAAACGGCAGAACUUUGUCGCUUGCUUCGUAUUGGUACAGGAACAGGUAUCAGAGGGGUACCCAUUCCCAUUGAACCCCGCAAAGGAGCCAUAUAUACUUUCCAUGCGCCGGAAGCGCCUAUCGUCGGCUUUCCAUUCCUUGUCGACCCGACUAGAACGUACUGUCGGCGAGAAGGUUUGGGUGGAUAUUUUAUCUGCGGGCGAAGCCCUGACCGCGAACACAACGGGCAGUGCGACGGCGAUCUGGAUAACGCCGAUGAGGGCUACUUUAAGGAGGUAUUGUGGCCUACGCUGACUAAUAGGGUUCCGGCGUUUAGCAACAUUAAGCCCAGUCGUUCGUGGUGUGGCUUCUAUGAUUACAACUAUCUUGACGCAAACGCCAUUAUUGGCUGGCACCCGUACUACCACCAUGUUAUUAUCUGCUCGGGAUUCUCUGACUACGGACUGCAGAUGGCGCCGGCAGCAGGACGGGCUGUUAUGGAGAUGAUCAUUGAAAGCGAGUUUACCUCGAUUGAUUUGAGAAGACUCUCUUUCGAGCGUGUCAUGCGCUGCGAAGGGUUACGAGAAUAAGAAAUAGUCUAUUCAGUUUGGCCGGUAUUAAUGAAGGAAACUGACUCUGUCGUCCUCUAAUAAAGACACCUGGAUCAUUUAUAAG